CUCUCUAGCAGCUGCUUUAUGGGCGGGGCCUGAAGUUUGAGGGGCCUCGGGGCCGUCGUCGGUCGCUGUAGCUCUGAAAAAGAGCUGGCGGAGGAAGGGCGGUUCUCGGGUCAGCCGCAGACGGCUCUCGGUCCGCCCCACGGUACUCGGGGGCGUUUGCCCCUCCCGACAGUUCUUGCCGCUGCUCACCGAGAAGCGGGAAGGCAAGGCAAGCGCGGCCCGGGUCAGCUUAAUCCCCUCGGGGGGGAUUCUGCCCGGGAGGAAGUCCCACGAGGCGCGAUGGGGUGGACUUCCCGGUAAAUUUGCAGAAGGGUAAAUGGGUUUGCAUGAUAUUUUCCAUGAACUAAGGCAGUUCCAUGUCUUGUUUGGACUGUUCCUGUAUUCUACGGACACGAGUUGAAUCCAUUAGAGUAGAAAAGCAAUCAGAAAGCAUCAGUAGUCAAGACUUGACAGAUGAACUUGCUGUAUGUUGGGGCCAAUCAACUCAAAGAGGAGAUGAACAGAUACUGUGGUCCUCUGAUGUAUCACACUAUGAUCUCCAGGUGGAGAUAGGAAAGGGAUGCAACAACUUAACUUCAAUCUACCUCGCCCGUCAUAUCCCUACAGGAACAUUGGUGGCUGUAAGAAUUACAGAUCUGGAAAGAUGUUCUGAAGAAUUCUUAAAAGCUUUACAGAAUGAGGUGAUAUUAUCCCACUCUUUCCGACAUCCAAACAUCUUGACUUUUUGGGCAGUGUUUACUGCUGGAAGUUGGCUUUGGGUUAUUUCUCCUUUCAUGGCAUACAAUUCAGCCAGUUGUCUCUUGAGGACUUAUUUCCCUGAAGGCAUGAGUGAAGCUUUAAUAGGGAAUAUCCUCUUUGGUGCAAUUAGCGGAUUGAACUAUAUGCAUCAGCAUGGUUAUAUUCACAGAAGUGUUAAAGCUAGCCACAUACUGAUUUCAGGGGAUGGUCUAGUUUAUCUGUCAGGCUUAAACCACCUCUAUAGUUUAGUCAGCAGCGGACAACAGUUAAAAGCUGUGUAUGACUUCCCCCAGUUCAGGACAUCUAUGCUUCCUUGGCUGAGUCCUGAACUUCUGAGGCAGGAUAUGCAUGGAUAUAAUGUGAAAUCUGACAUCUAUAGUGUGGGCAUUACAGCUUGUGAACUAGCUAAUGGGCAUGUACCUUUUCAGGAUAUGCCUCGCACACAGAUGCUGCUGCAAAAGCUUAAAGGUCCGACUUACUGUCCUUGGGCUAUAAAUACUUUUUCACGUGGUGAGUCUAGGAUAAAAAAUUCCCAGUCGGGAAUUGAUUCUGGAAUUGGAGAAAGCAUUACACGUACAAUGACAAGUGAGAGACUACAGACUCCACCUAAAACCUUCUCUCCUGCUUUCCAUAAUUUGAUAGAAUUGUGUUUGCAUCAGGACCCAGAACAAAGGCCAUCAGCCAGAGGUCUUCUGUCACAUGCUUUUUUCAAGCAGGUGAAAGAACAAACAAAGGGUUCAUUACUUUCACUCUUGCCUCCUGCCAUCCAGCAUGGUCAGUCACAAAUACCAACGGUGCAUUCAGCUGCCCUCUGGAAUAAAUCUGAAUGUAGGUUGCCAAAUGAGAAAGAGAUAUAUUGGGAAUUUUAGGAAUACUAAAACCAUACUUCUGACAUCUUUGGAAAAUAAUGUGAUUUACUUGCUGCUUUUGUUUAAAGUUUUUGUUUUGGUAUACUUGAAAAUGCUAAAUGCUUUACAGAUGAUGCUAUACAUAGAGAAAUUCUUUCAAAGUGGUACUAUGAGAAUUUAUUAACCUUUACUAAUUGAAUUUCAGAAAUAUCUGUACACUUCUGAACAUCUUUUCUUUGUUACAUCUGAACUGUAAUGGUAUCCAUUUGUAUAGUAAAACUUUGCUUGGAAUGGAAUGUGCUAUUAUAGUACUUACGUGCUAUGACUGCCUUUCCAGUAUUAAUCUGAAAUAUUGUGUCCAUUCUCUAUUAAUACACUGUUAAUCAUCUCCUUAUCAUCAAGUUUAUAUCAGAUAUAUAGACUUCUUUAAAAUAUAGUGUCUUUUCCUACUUGCAAAAAAUAUCAAUGUGCAAACCUCUGAGAGCGCUGGAAAUCUACUACAUGAACCUUCAGUGGUUGUUGAAGUAGCCAUCACUGUAACUUGAAAGAAACAGCUGUGAUUUUUUUAAUGGAACAUGUGCCUUUGCAAAAUCUAAUCAAGGAAAAAAUUAUUUGCCAAAUAGCUUGAAAUUACUUGACUAUAUACGUAAGAAUAUUACUUAAUUUUCAUAGCUUUAAUUGUGAUUUGCUGUUCAGGGAUUAUACAUUCUCAACCUUUGAAUAGGUAGCCAGAAUUUGAACCAAAAUUUGUAGGACUAAUAUAAAAGAGAUCUGUAUUAUUUAGGCAAAGCAUAAGAACUGUUGGCCAUAAAGCAUAAGUUCUGCUGAACUCCAUGAAUAUAAUGAUUACAACAAUACAUUGCUAUUAGCCCACUGCUGCCAACUAUAUGGUAGAAGGCAUUGAGCUGUAUUCAGUGGUGUCAUUCCUCUGAAAUACAAGCAUCUACCAAUGGAAAGUGAUUCAUGGUUCAUCUCUUCCACUCCAUAGCUCCAGGGGCAGUGGAAGAGCAAAGAGAAAUGGACUCAUACAUUUGAAAAAAAAGGUGACUUCUAACUCAGCAUCUUUGACCUUGCAGCUUUGCUUUUCUUUGAGAAGAGAAAGAUCAGUCCAAAUUAUAAACAGGAAAUAUAAAGGAUCAGAUUGACAGGAAAAAAGGCUGCUUUCUGUGAAUAGUACUGUGAAUAAUUGAAUAAAGUAAACCUAAAUUCUUGUUAUCUGUACAACAUAUGCUUGGAGAUGGUUUUAAUAUUUUAUUAACAAUUUUUCAUUAAUGAACAUUCUAUUUGCUCAUGUAAAAAUAGAACUUAGUUUUAAGUAUAUAACCGUAAUUAGCAUUGCAAGUGUCCUUUUAACUAGGAAACUACUGAAGAAAAAUUAUGUAUUGUCAACCUAAUUCUAACA